UGCAAGUGUCUGUCCGUGUGUGAGCGCGGGGGAGAGUGCGUUGCCUUGCGAGAAGAUGAGGGAUGCGAAAUGCAUAGCGCUUCUGGAUGCGGCCCUCAGCAUCUUCCUCAUCGGACCGAUGGUGGUGUUCUACUGGAGGGGGACGUGGCAGGUGAUGGACGCGUAUCUCAUGCCGGAGUCUGAGGGAUCGAGUGCGUGGGUGUCGCUGGGAGUGGGGCUGCUGGUGCCGCUGACGGCGUACCUGUCGCAGCACCAUCUGGACCUGUACCUGGCGCAGAAGAGUCCCUGGCCGGUGUUCGCGGUGCUGUCGAGGGUGUACACUGCCGUGUACGCGUUUGGGACGGUCAGUCACUGGCGGGGGACGUGGAAGCUCCUCGAUUACUACACGGGGACGGGGUGGCAGUCGGCGACGGUCAGCGUUGUGGUGGGGCUCGUGGGGCUCGGGGCGCUCAGGUCGAUCGUCAACAUCGGGGCGCCGCCGUUCUUCGUCAAACUGGAUCUUCCGGAGCGAUUCUUCGUCUCUCCCACCCAGUUCCGGCAGAAAUCGUUUGAUGUUCGAUUGGAUUCGGUCCCGCAGUGGGCCGGGCACUUCGACUACGGAUACAUUCUGGAUUGCGUGUUCAGCGUGGUCGUCCCGGAAUCCCUGGUCGUUUUCGUAUGGAGAGGAGGAUGGGAGAUCCUCGACGCCGUCUUCUACCCCGGCUGCGACAGAUGCACGGCCUGGCUCUCCCUGGCGGUGGGGUACGGGGUGACGCUGGUGGCGUUCUGCGUUCAGGUCCCGGUCUCUCAUAUGUCGCUGGCGUCGAUGGGGGUCCGGAAGCACGUGAUCGAGGAUAUCUUCAGCGUUUGGAAUUUCUUUGGGGCCCUCAACAUCUGGAGAGGGGUUUGGAUGACUCUCGACGCCUACCUCUUGCCUGAUGAUCCCGCCCUGAGCAACAUCAUCACUCACUCGAUGGCCCUGGUGAUCACGAUCCUCAUGUACUGCGGGAACACGCUGAUCGUCCGGGGGGUGUACCACGACGCGGAGCUCCCUGCCGGCAAGGGGUGCCUCUUCGACACGCGGUAUCUUCGCACCGUCGUCGUCAAGGAAGAGAGAGACGUGCAGCUUCGAAUGAAUUCCGCUGAUUCGUUCGAGAAAGGCAAGAACAACGAGGAGCAGCUGGACGACGAAGGUUAUCUGUGACGUCAUUCCAAUGAUUUUUAUCCUUGGAACACAAUAGGUUUUUGGCUGCGGGACCGGACCUGCGGUUAUCUUGCCUUUCUCCUUUUAUAUACAAAGUUUGUUAUUCCAGUAUCGUGGAUGAUGUGAAU